GCCGGACUUUCGGAGCUGCUAUAAACCCGGGUGAUGUCAGCGGCUGCCGUGUAGUUGAGUUCGUGGAUUUGCUUUUGUGUUGCUCUGCCUGCGUCUGGGCUCCGUGUGCUGUGCGUAAUGGGAGUAGGAGACAUGAAGGCCAUGCCGAGGGGCAGCCCCCUGCUGCUCUGCUGCCUGCAGCUGCUGAUAUCUGUGUCUCUGGCUGAUGACGACGACCACGACGACUGUCCGAACCAUGAUGAUUGCCCCAUAACCACUAACUGGGCCAACUUGUGGUAUGUCUGGCUCAUCUUGGUCACCAUAUUCCUGGUCCUUCUCUGCGGGACGACCGCCAGCUGCAUAAAGUUCUGCUGCCUGAAAAAGAAGCCCCCGGUGCAGGCGUUUCCCAGCCAUCCGUACGAAGUGACGGUCAUCGCUGUGGAUAAUGACAGUACCAUUCACAGCACCGUUACAUCGUACAGUUCCGUGCAGUACCCUCACAUGUUUGCAUUUGGAGAUCCUGAUCGAAGUGCGCUGUCUCCCCCUGCCUAUAGUCUGUAUGCCCUUGAGCUACCCCCGGCCUAUGAAGAAGCCAUAAAAAUGGCCAAGCCCAGUGGAGAAGUUUGCUCACCCGUAGCAGGCCCAAAACUCGAAGACAUCACCGAGCAGCAAAGUGCUGAAGAAGAAGUGGAUCAGCAGCCGGGGCAGCAGACCGUAUCAAAUGAUACGGAAUCGCCUCCUCUGUAUGAGGAGCCUGAGAACGCCCAGAGCUAGAUCCGGUUCUAGCUAAGUAUAGAUAAGGACCUCGUACCAGAGCCUGGCAUGUUAUUAACAAGGAUCAUGUUCUGCUUUGGUUGCCACUGGAGGACGGCCAACCCAUAUCUGUUCUGUGACCUACAUAUAAGGCAUGAACUUUCUAGGUAACGUGCCAGCCUUCUCCCUUUUUUUUUGAAGGGCAGGUCAUGUGAUUGGAUUAUUAAUACCCUCUUUAUGUUCAGUGUAGACCUGGUGUCUCUUUGGAAAUUCCUGAGAAGGAAACCGACCCCUAAGAACUUUCGACUAACAGGACAGAUUGUUUAGACGUAGAGACUUUGUGUGCCAAAAUCUCAGUUGAGAAAAUAAGACUCCGUAAAAUAAGAUUAUAGGUUAAUUUUUCACAAAACAAAAGCUCGAUUCUCGUAGCUGUGGUUUUACAUGGAAAGGGAAAAUGUGUCAAACUUACCCCAGGCCCUGUCGGGGUGGAUUCACUAACUGAAAUGGAGAUCCUGGUUUAAAUUUAAAGUCUGCCCAGUGUCGGCCUGGAAAAUGAGGUCAGCAGAAACAUAUUUAGCGGUGUGACUAACAGGGGUGCGUUAAACUCCCAAUCUAUGUCUACCUGUACCAAUGAACCCCAACGCUGGAUAUAUUUAACUAAUACUUUUUUAUUUUUGAUAUAUGCUGUUCUCUUCUUGCUCCAGAACCAAAAGUUUUCUGUUGAAGACAGGGAGAGCUCUAUCACGGGUAUUCAGUGCCAAUGUAACCACCAUUGCCUUUCAUCAUCGUAGGGAUAGUAUGCGGCUUUACCAUCACUCCAAAGAGUCUUUUUGGAUUGCAUGUAACUCUAGUACAAAAAAAAUAACAAA